ACCUUUAUCUGUGGUGAGACUUUGUUAAUGCUCUGUCUCAGAGUCUACCUUAAAAUGUCAAGUGAGGUCCACUUUUGGAUUUGUCCCGAGAGCAGCAAAUUACACAUCACUCCUGGAUACAAAACAUCUGGACAACAAAAGACCUGGAGAAGUUUAAACUGAGGCAGCUGUGAGGAAGCACGGCACUGAUUUCUUCAGCAUGAAUCCUGCUCUGGUGGUGUUGGCGCUCUCUUUGCUGCCAACUGUAGCAGCUCAGUCUCACGACCAUCAUGACAUGGCCUGGGUCAACGGCUACCGUCAGAGCUUCAACUUCCAGUGUCCCCACGGAGAGGUCAUCGUGGCCAUCAGGAGCUACUACAGCGAACAGGAUGGCUCGGACCGCUUGUGGUCGUUUGAGUGCCAGCCUACACCUGAGGGUCUGGGGGAGCCCAGUGACUGCUGGUGGGAUGAUAUCAGUCGUGCUGGAAUGGAGUGGACUUCAACAUGUACUCGCAACGGCCUGGUAGCAGGUGUACAAAGCAAGUACUUUGAAUCUGUUCUCGACCGGGAAUGGCAGUUCUACUGCUGCUAUUACAAGCGCCGCUGUCCCUACUCCUGCAUGAAGACCAAUGACAUUCCUGAAUACUACAGGGAAGAAGGAGAGCUGGUGGUUCCUAGUUAUGGCUACUUCAUCCGAGGUGCUCAGACCACCUUCACUGGAGUGCUGAGAGACCGGCAGUGGAAGUACAUCCUGUGCAGAAUGACAGACUUUGACUGUGACUUUGAAAAUUUAUAGAUUGAGAGCAGCAUUUUCUCCCAUUCUUCAUAAACAGUUUUAACUAAAAAUACAUAUUUACUCUUGCUCUUACAAGCUGACUUUAUGCAUAACUGAUGACUUGUGUUUUUAUUCAUGUAUUUACUUUUUAUGACUGGAUCAACCACAGACAUGACAUAUAUGCCUGAAUGAUCACUUUUUAGUCUAGCAUGGAAAAUGAUUGCUCAUAUAAAGAUGGAUAUCAGCACAGAGGGUAUGCAGGGGAUUUGGGCUCCAACAGACACUUAAGUGUUUUCAUUUAGUUACAGGAGGAACUGGAAGUCUCUUGGCAGCAUGUGAAAGUGAUUUUCCAAUGCUGCGGUAGUCAUGGUGGUGGAAAACACAGCGUAGGGCUCUGCUCCAGGGUCUUUUAUUUGAGGUCACGUGACAGUGAUGGCCAAGCAAAAUGGUUCACACCAUUUUCAGGGUCAUAAAUGAGCUGCAGGGCGUAGCUGAUUGGGAUACUUUUUUGGAAGCAAUGCUCGGAACAACACGAGUAUGUGUUGGAAAUAAUGAAAAAGGGCUUUCAGAUUUGCCUGCCAUGAAAAGUGACUCACCUGCUUUCAAUUGACUUCACAUCCCUCCUUUAUUAAAGUGUCUUGUUCAGUUUGGCAAUAACAGCUAUAGAGUACUGUUCUGCAGUUAAAACCAUCAUCUUCUUUUGAUUACUCUAUAAAAUCAUUUAUUUCUUGUAAAGGUAAGGUUUAUUCAGUCAUUUGACACGGUACCAAAAAUCUGUUUACAUGCUGAAAUAAAAGAACAUCAAAUAGCAGAGUCUAUGCUGUUAAAUAUGAUCUUAACUGAAAUCUUAUUAGCUUCAAACGUACUCAUUAAAAUAGAAUAAAAUAGUUUAGGGAAAGGUUGUGGAAGAUGAUAAUCUAGCUUUGUGAGAGCAUAAGCAUUUGAAAAGCGUAGAGUAGGUGGACUCAGCCAUGAUAUGAGCAGCUCCUCUGGGCUUAACUUGGUUGAAGGUAAACUCCGCCCCACUUUAUGUUCUCACGACAUGCCUCUGGAAAAGUCUGACUAGAUCUGCCACCCAUAUAGUAUAAAAACUUUUCAUGCUUCAUUUUUACGCCACUACGAAUGAGACGCCUUUCAAAGUCAGCAGUGCUGAAGAAGAUCAUGUAAUAUGGCCGAGGAUUCCGGAAAAGCUCUUAACUUUUUGAUGUGGGAUUGUUUUUCAGUCAUGUUAACUGUUUUCUUACCACUGACCCAAAUAAAGAUUUUCUCCUGUAUGGCUGAGAAACAAAAUAUUCUCCAGCUUUCCUAUUUCUUUCGCCAACUUAAUGUUCCUGUAAUUUCUCUAAAUAUAAAUGUGUUUUUGUCCAAUACAUAUAAUAACGUGAAUGUGAAGGCAGCAAUAACUGAACAAAUGAAAAAAUAAAGUACCUUGCAGCCA